CCGCCGUCCCAUUUGAUUCGAGUCGAUCUGUUGAGCGCAACCUCUUCUCGCGUUCUCGGCUCACGCACGAAGAAGUGAGUUCAUCGCAGGUGUGCAGUGCGCCAAAAUGGGAAAGUAGGCGCCUUGUGCGCUCAGCCGUCAGGCGGUCUCUCUCCACCACAGUGAGCUGGCGCACUGUGUGCGCAGCGUACCCUCUCUGUUCUGUUCGCGCGGAGGAGUUGAAAUCAGCCGCAACACCAGCGCUACCACCGUGGAUGACACAGCAUGUGCGUACAGCAGUAGUCCUACUGCUGCUGCAGUAAUGUACAAUGCAAGCUCGUUUUCGUCUGUCAAGAAUCGCCGCUGCAGGCGGCUACAGCAAAACAGGGGCUCCACUCUUUGCCUCUCACAGCAGUUCUGAUACUCACCCGUGUUUCGUCACAUUCUUGCUGCAGGCGGCCUAGAGGACGCAAGCUAGAUCACCCCAGCCGCCGCGUCUUUCUCUCCGUCCGCCCCGGCGAACUCCACCCACAACGACACGCAAAAACAUGGAGGAGCUGUUCGAGCAGCUCCAGGAUGACACCCGGUCGUUUUGGCAACACCCUUCCUCGGGGGUACGGCGCCUGGACACGAUGCCCCCACCCGCCGAUUUUUUCCGAGACUACGUUGCCACGAGCACCCCCGUAAUCCUAUCUGGAGGAGGUUGCUUCAAGGGGGGCGGGGGGAGGAGCUGCUGGGAUGACCUCGCUUCGUUGGCCGGAAGGGAUUCGGAAGGGCUCGAAGUUACCGUGGACUUCACGCCCGACGGCAGAGGGGACUGCGUCGUGGAUGUUGCCGACAGCAUGCUGAGCGAACUUCCGACAAGCGACGCCAACGCCAUGCACGACAGCGCUACCGGGGGUCGCGUUGCAGGAGCGGAGGGCAGUCGUAGGAGCUGCGGGACAGGUGAUGCGGUGAACGUCGGUUCGGCGGCAGCCGCACGUACCACCGCGGUGUUUGUCAAGCCCGAGGAGAGAAGGAUGAAGUUCGAGGCCUUCGUCAGCACGCUCUUGACGGAGGCGGCGGCAAGGGCCAGUGACGAGAGCAGCAGCACCCGCGGGUGCACCAGCGGUGGUGCUGGGAAGGGGGUGCCCUACUUGUCGCAUCAGAACGACAGCCUCCGACAAGAGUUCCCGGGCCUCAUGGAAGACGUGGAGCCCUUCCUUGCCCUGGCGAGGGAGGCCUUCGGGAACGAGCCGGACGCCGUGAACCUCUGGAUAGGGGACGAUCGCUCGCUGUCCGCCGUGCACAAGGACCACUACGAGAAUAUGUACUGCGUCGUCCGAGGAGAGAAGCACUUCACGCUUCUUCCACCGUCCGACGUGCUGUUCCUGUACGAGCAAGAGUACCCGCAGGGGAGGUAUCGACAGAGAAGGAGCGUCGACGGUGGAGAGGGAGAGGGGCGGGGGGGGGAAUUCGAGGUGGAGAUGGAGGAAGGGAAGGUGCCGUGGAUCCCUGUCGAUCCCGCGUGCCCCGAUCUGGAAAAGUAUCCGCUAUUUCGCUUCGCCUCUCCGGUCCACUGCCGCGUAGGCCCAGGGGACAUCCUGUACUUGCCGUCCCUCUGGUACCACCGAGUCUCGCAAAGGGGAAUCACCGUCGCCGUCAACUACUGGCACGACAUGCAGUUCGACCACAAGUACGUUCACUACCGAUUCCUGCAAACCUUGGCGGGGAAGCUUCGAGAAGGUGUCGUUCGGCGGCCGGGGGGCGCGGGCUGCGACGGGAGCUCCGGACGACCGAGUGAAAGCCCGGAGGCACGGGUGGAGCAAGGUGUCUCGGUAGGAGGGGGGGAAGAAGAAAGAGUUGAGGAAGAUAGAUGACAGGCGGCGGUGGUUGGGGGGUGACGUGGGGAUAGAUUAUUGUUGCGAGAACACGGUGUCGUAGGAGGAGCUGUUGGUGCCCGGAAAAUGGCAACCUGAGUACCUUGGAGGGAAAAAGAGCUGGCCUGGCCUACGCUGUGUGCAAGAUGGGUAUGCGUGCUUUCAGUCGUGUGCGCUAUUACGUAGCCUCGGAGAUUUUCGCGAGAACAUGCAAGGCAGGCACCGGUUCAAGUUGUUUUUUCCGCUCAAAAGCUUCCCCGCAGGAACAGAUGCGUUAGCACGGCAAGCUUGUGGGUAGCGGCGGUGGGACUUGUUGGAUCCGUGCCGUGUCUUGAUCGAGAAGGUUAGCCUAUGUGAGCUUGUGGUGAAAAUUUGCACGCAUUUCUGCGAGCACCUUGAUUGGCCACUCACUAGCUGUAUGAAUUCUACAAUAUCUCGACAAAUAAGGAAUAUUAAAUACACACACAGAAAGACUACCCAUUCGAGAUACACCCACAGUCGAACGGGAUGUGGUGGAGUGUUUUCAGUGAGUGGAGGAAAACCGGCUGGGUCUGGACUUAUUUCGAGUCUUUUUAAGUCUAUAUUGUACACUGAUGAUUUAUAUCAGUGAUGCCAGCUGGUGCUAAGUACAAAAACAUCUGUAUAGGUAACUUACAUUUUACAAUACAUCCCCUGUAGAAUUACUACAU